AUGACAGCCGAGAAGAGCGGGCCGGUUAUAAACGGUAAACCGGAGGACGGCAGGGACACGGAUGGGUCCAGUUCCAGCCUGGACAACAGGGAGUACUACGAGAGAGGCCAGUGGAACAACAAGAUCGAGUUUGUCCUCUCUGUGGCCGGAGAAAUUAUCGGGCUGGGCAACGUCUGGAGGUUUCCCUACCUCUGCUACAAGAAUGGAGGAGGUGCCUUCUUUGUUCCAUACGUCAUUUUCUUCGUAUGCUGCGGUAUCCCUGUGUUUUUCCUGGAGACCGCCCUCGGUCAGUUCACUAGUGAAGGAGGCAUCACAUGCUGGAGGAAAGUCUGCCCCCUGUUUGAGGGCAUUGGCUAUGCAACCCAGGUGAUUGAAGCUCAUCUAAACGUCUACUAUGUAGUCAUCCUCGCCUGGGCCAUCUUCUACCUCUUUAACUGCUUCACCACUGAGCUGCCGUGGGCUGGCUGUGGCCACUACUGGAACACUGAGAACUGUGUCGACUACUAUGGAGAAAAUGCCACCAACAUUACUAACCCCAACGCAACCUCUCCUGUUAUUGAAUUCUGGGAACGGAGAGUCCUGAAAAUAUCUGAUGGCAUUGAGCACAUGGGGGGCAUGCGCUGGGAGCUGGCCAUGUGCCUGGCGCUGGCCUGGUUUAUCUGCUACUUCUGCAUCUGGAAGGGACCCAAGUCGACCGGCAAGGUUGUGUAUGUGACGGCCACAUUUCCUUACUUCAUGUUGCUGAUUUUGCUGAUCAGAGGAGUAACGCUGCCCGGAGCGUACGACGGCAUCAAGUUUUACCUCUACCCAGACAUCUCCCGUCUCUCCGAUCCUCAGGUAUGGGUGGAUGCAGGAACGCAGAUUUUCUUCUCCUACGCCAUCUGCCUGGGCUGCCUUACUGCUCUUGGUAGUUAUAACGCUUACAACAACAACUGCUACAGGGACUGCAUCAUGCUGUGCUGCCUGAACAGCGGCACGAGCUUUGUUGCAGGUUUUGCUAUUUUCUCCGUGUUGGGAUUCAUGGCCUACGAACAGAAUGUUCCCAUCGAGGCCGUGGCAGAAUCUGGUCCUGGUCUUGCCUUCAUUGCAUACCCAAAAGCUGUGACCAUGAUGCCUCUUUCUCCACUUUGGGCCUGUCUCUUUUUUAUGAUGCUCAUCUUUCUUGGACUUGACAGUCAGUUUGUGUGCGUGGAAAGCCUGGUGACGGCUGUGGUGGAUAUGUACCCAGAGACGUUCAGGAGAGGCUACCGCAGGGAACUGCUGAUUCUCGGCAUGUCUAUAGCUUCCUUUCUCAUAGGACUCAUCAUGUGUACAGAGGGAGGGAUGUACGUCUUCCAGCUGUUUGACUCGUAUGCAGCCAGUGGCAUGUGCUUGCUGUUUGUGGCCAUCUUUGAGUCCAUAUGUAUCGGAUGGGUGUAUGGCAGCGACAGAUUCUACCGAAACAUCGAGGACAUGAUUGGCUACAAGCCCGUCUUCUUCAUCAAAUGGUGCUGGAUGAUCUUGACCCCGGGCAUCUGUGCUGGUAUUUUCCUGUUCUUUUUGAUCAAAUACAAACCGCUCAAGUACAACAACGUGUACACCUACCCCGACUGGGGCUACGGCAUUGGCUGGUUCAUGGCCAUGUCCUCCAUGGUUUGUAUCCCACUGGGCAUCAUCUGGAUGAUCUGGAAGACUCCCGGGACCUUCUCUGAGAGAAUGAAGAAGUUGACGACGCCGAGCCCGGACCUGAAAAUGCGAGGGAAGCUCGCCGCUCUCAGUCCGUACGCCGCCAACGACGCCAUGCUUAAGGCUGACGGCAAAAUGUCCACCGUCUCAGAGAAGGAGACACAUUUCUAA